GAGGCCCAUGUUUGAAACAUGUCCAUCCAAGUGUAAAAAAAGAAAAAAAAAAAGACAGGACAGGAGAAUAAUACAAACAAACAAUCGGUGAGGAGAGAGGAGAGGAGUAUAGUUUGAUCGAGUGGCGCUCGAAAUUGGAUCAUUCCAUUCAUUCAUUCCAGGAAGAAGAAGAAGCAGCAAGAUGUUGGGUGUUAUAAUAAGAAACAACAAGACUAUUCUUCUUCGCCCUUCCUUCUCCUCCGCAUUCAGACAAUUUUCUUCUUCCGCUAAACAGAUGACAGUCAGAGAUGCUCUCAACUCUGCACUUGAUGAGGAAAUGUCCGCUGAUCCUAAAGUUUUCUUGAUGGGCGAAGAGGUUGGAGAAUAUCAAGGUGCAUAUAAGAUAUCUAAGGGACUGCUUGAGAAGUAUGGCCCUGACAGGGUUCUCGACACUCCCAUCACUGAGGUUAUUUUUCUUACAUACAUACAUACAUACACUUUCUCACUUAUUUCAUGUCUUUCAUUCCACCUAUUCAUUUCUCAAUGUUCAUUGCAGGCUGGGUUUACUGGGAUUGGAGUUGGCGCUGCUUACUACGGUCUAAAGCCUGUCGUCGAGUUUAUGACAUUUAACUUCUCCAUGCAGGCAAUAGAUCACAUCAUUAAUUCUGCUGCAAAGUCAAAUUACAUGUCUGCUGGACAAAUAUCUGUACCUAUUGUCUUCAGAGGACCCAAUGGUGCUGCUGCUGGUGUUGGUGCUCAACACUCUCAUUGUUAUGCAUCUUGGUAUGGCUCGUGCCCUGGGUUGAAAGUUUUGGCACCAUAUUCAUCUGAAGAUGCCCGUGGUUUACUUAAAGCGGCUAUAAGGGACCCUGAUCCUGUAGUUUUCCUUGAAAAUGAGUUGUUAUAUGGUGAGUCAUUCCCUGUUUCUGCCGAAGUUCUUGAUUCCAGUUUUUGCCUUCCCAUUGGAAAAGCGAAGAUUGAGAGAGAAGGAAAAGAUGUGACUAUUACAGCCUUCUCAAAAAUGGUUGGCUUUGCACUAAAGGCUGCUGAGAUACUUGCGAAGGAAGGAAUCAGUGCUGAGGUUAUUAAUUUACGGUCGAUCCGGCCGCUUGAUCGAUCCACCAUCAAUGCUUCUGUCAGGAAAACCAACAGACUGGUGACAGUUGAAGAAGGGUUUCCUCAGCAUGGUGUUGGCGCUGAAAUCUGUACAUCCGUCAUUGAGGAGAGUUUUGGCUAUCUUGAUGCACCAGUUGAGAGAAUUGCUGGGGCUGAUGUUCCUAUGCCUUAUGCAGCAAAUCUGGAGAGAUUGGCUGUCCCACAGGUUGAAGAUAUCGUACGUGCUGCAAAGAGAGCAUGCCACAGAUCUGUCCCUAUGGCUGCCGCUGCCUAAAAUAAUCAAUUUAGUCCUGAAAUUUUUUAAGUAGGGUUUGUUGUUUGGUAACCCUUGAUGUUACCAAAAAUAAUUUCCACCACAACGUCAUAAAGAAAGGUUUUACUCAUUGAUUCUCCUAGGCUUUGGUUUGAAAGAUUGUGAUUUAACUGUAAGCAUAUAAUAUUGUCCAAAUUUUCAGGAGUAACAGAUUCUAUACAUUUUUUAGUCCUUCUCAGCAUAUCUGGGAAGAAAUUUCAUGUUUAAUAACACUUGGAUAAUAACAAUGAAUGACAACACAAGACUAGAAGUUUUGUAUGCAACCUAGUGGUCAACUUUUUGAUUUAAUUAUCGAGUUCUUUUCUUUCUAGCA